AUGGGAAAACAGGAGAAGUGGGAGGACGGGAGGAGGACAAGAGGACGGGAGGAGGACAAGAGGACGGGAGGAGGACAAGAGGACGGGAGGAGGACAAGAGGACGGGAGGAGGACAAGAGGACGGGAGGAGGACAAGAGGACGGGAGGAGGACAAGAGGACGGGAGGAGGACAAGAGGACGGGAGGAGGACAAGAGGACGGGAGGAGGACAAGAGGACGGGAGGAGGACAAGAGGACGGGAGGAGGACAAGAGGACGGGAGGAGGACAAGAGGACGGGAGGAGGACAAGAGGACGGGAGGAGGACAAGAGGACGGGAGGAGGACAAGAGGACGGGAGGAGGACAAGAGGACGGGAGGAGGACAAGAGGACGGGAGGAGGACAAGAGGACGGGAGGAGGACAAGAGGACGGGAGGAGGACAAGAGGACGGGAGGAGGACAAGAGGACGGGAGGAGGACAAGAGGACGGGAGGAGGACAAGAGGACGGGAGGAGGACAAGAGGACGGGAGGAGGACAAGAGGACGGGAGGAGGACAAGAGGACGGGAGGAGGACAAGAGGACGGGAGGAGGACAAGAGGACGGGAGGAUGA